GGUUUAAGUUUUGCACAAUGUUUCUUUUUUCUACUGGAAUAUUAUUGACUGUGUUUAAGAUGAAAAACGAAACUAGUUUAUCAGAAGAAAAUGAAAACAAACCCACGCAAAAGGAAUACACCAAUAAAGGCUUAAUUAAUUCUUCACGUUCAUUUAUAACUCGUCCUCAGACCAGUUCAAAUUAUUAUACUGUAGCUAAAGAAACCAAGCACGUUUCUGUUGAGCCUAGAUUUUCCGAAAAACACUUUAUCAAUUCUCAAUUUAAGCACCAAGAACUAAAAAAUCCUGCAUCCACAGACUGGAUCCAAGUUAGGAAAGGUCUUUGUCUUUAUUCUGCAUUUUGGGAUGACAGGAAAAACGUAAAAAACAGUCCAUUUAUUCGUAUUUUUGGAAUAUUUUUGCAAUUUCUUACUAUAAAGGAGAAAGAAGAAUACUUCUAUGGACUAACCUGUUUGUUACGUUCAGAUGGGUCGGUAUUUCCAGGUGUAGCCACUAUGUACAACAUGGACGAUCCCUAUGAUAAGAAUCUGUAUGUUGUUAUAACAUGUUCUCCUUAUAAUGAAACCAGUACCGUUCCAAAAAACGUGUCAAUUUUCUAUCAUAAUUCGUCACAUGCACUCAAUUGGAUGCCAGUAACGUCUUUUCCAGGAAAAUCAUUAAGGAGUAAAGGACGAAUUGCAGCGUGUGUAAAACCACUGUAUGGUCCUUUUACAGAUAAGGACCUUCUUGCUCAGUUUCUGGCUUACUAUACUAUAAUAGGUAUCGACCACUUUUAUAUCUACAACAACUUAUCUUCAACUGAAGUUUCAGAAGUCAUCAGCAACGUGAAAGAUAAAGGUGUGUCAAUAACAAUCAUACCUUGGAUAAUCCCUUACCAACCUCAAAUAACUAUACAACCCACAAGAUUCCUUGAAAGAACGAUGUUACAAGAUUGUUACUACCGUAGAAUGUUUCAUUACGAGUACGUUAUGAACGUGGACGUCGACGAAUUUAUUGUGCUGAAGCAACAUUCCAGCAUUCAGCUGAUGUUAAAGACAUUGUCGUCAUCUGGUCGUUUUGGAUAUUUCACAUUUAGUGAAGUAAGAUUUUGUCUUCAGCUUCCAUCAUAUUCUAACAUUAUACCAAAUUUAACUCGAAGUGAUCAAACAGCUGUAUCAAAGUUGGUCUCCUUGGCAAAAGUCAUCAGAACACCCUAUAACAAAGCAUGGUGGUGGCGGAAGUACAUUGUUAAACCGGAAAUGGUGGAAUAUUUUGGGGUUCAUUUUGUUACAAAACGACUUCCUGGUUUAAAGUUGUUGGAUGUAAGUCCAGAAAUCGCUCUUAUGCAUCAUUAUCGAAGUAAAUUAUGUGAUUAUAAAAGUGAAAAAAAUGUGUAUGAUCCAUUUUUACCCAAAACAUAUUGGAAGAAAAUGUUGCGAUAUUUAAGAGAUUGGGGUGUACUACAAUGAAGUUGUUGUGCGUUACCAUGGAAAUAUUACUAGGGUAACGCUAGUCAGCAACCUCAGGUUUACACAAAUAAAACAUAAAAAAAAUAAAGAUUUAUCCUAAAGAUCUUUAAAUGAUCGUGUCGCACCUUAAAGUUUGUUUGUUUCGUUGAAGUUAAGUACAAAUCUACACAAUGGGCUAUCUGUGCUUUUUAUUAACUUUAAUCAAAGCGAACUAACUAC